GGGGAGGAGCUAUGAAGAGGAGGAGGAAGAUGGCGGGAGGGCGGCUCUGAGGAGACCUCGGCGGCGGCGGAGGAGGAGAGAAGCGCAGCUUCGCGCAGCGCCGGGGCCCAUGUGGGGAGGAGUCGGAGUCGCUGUUGCCGCCGCCGCCGCCAGUAGCUGCCGGAGCCGGGUGGGAGUGAGGGGGACGCGGCAGGAUGAAGUUCGCCGAGCACCUCUCCGCGCACAUCACUCCCGAGUGGAGGAAGCAGUACAUCCAGUAUGAGGCAUUCAAGGAUAUGCUGUAUUCAGCUCAGGACCAGGCGCCUUCUGUCGAAGUUACAGAUGAGGAUACAGUUAAGAGAUAUUUUGCCAAGUUUGAAGAAAAGUUUUUCCAAACCUGUGAGAAAGAACUUGCCAAAAUCAACACAUUUUAUUCAGAGAAGUUGGCGGAGGCUCAGCGCAGGUUUGCUACACUUCAGAAUGAGCUUCAGUCAUCACUGGAUGCGCAGAAAGAAAGUACCGGGGUCACUACAUUGCGACAACGCAGAAAGCCAGUGUUCCAUCUGUCCCAUGAGGAGCGGGUCCAACAUAGGAAUAUUAAAGACCUUAAGCUGGCCUUCAGCGAGUUCUACCUCAGUCUCAUCCUGCUGCAGAACUAUCAGAACCUGAACUUUACAGGGUUUCGAAAAAUUCUUAAAAAGCAUGACAAGAUCCUGGAAACAUCUCGUGGAGCAGAUUGGCGAGUGGCUCAUGUAGAGGUGGCCCCAUUUUAUACAUGCAAGAAAAUCAACCAGCUCAUUUCUGAGACUGAGGCUGUAGUAACCAAUGAACUUGAAGAUGGUGACAGACAAAAGGCUAUGAAGCGAUUACGUGUGCCUCCUCUGGGAGCUGCUCAGCCUGCACCAGCAUGGACUACUUUUAGAGUUGGCCUAUUCUGUGGAAUAUUCCUUGUGCUGAAUAUAACUCUUGUGCUUGCAGCUGUAUUUAAACUUGAAACAAAUAAAACUGUGUGGCCCUUGAUAAGAAUCUAUCGGGGUGGCUUUCUUCUGAUUGAAUUCCUUUUUCUACUGGGCAUCAACACAUAUGGUUGGAGACAGGCUGGAGUAAAUCAUGUCCUCAUCUUUGAACUUAAUCCAAGAAACAAUUUGUCUCAUCAGCAUCUCUUUGAGAUUGCUGGAUUCCUGGGGAUAUUAUGGUGCCUGAGCCUUCUGGCAUGCUUCUUCGCUCCAGUUACUAUCAUCCCUGUAUAUGUGUAUCCACUUGUCCUUUAUGGAUUUAUGGUCUUCUUUCUUAUCAACCCCACCAAAACUUUUUACUAUAAAUCCAGAUUUUGGCUGCUUAAACUUCUGUUUCGAGUAUUUACAGCUCCCUUUCAUAAGGUAGGCUUUGCUGAUUUCUGGCUGGCCGAUCAGCUGAACAGCCUGUCAGUGAUACUCAUGGACCUGGAAUAUAUGAUCUGCUUCUACAGUUUUGAGCUCAAAUGGGAUGAGAGUAAGGGCCUCUUGCCAAAUAAUUCACAAGAACCAGAAUUUUGCCACAAAUACACAUACGGUGUGCGAGCCAUUGUUCAGUGCAUUCCUGCUUGGCUUCGCUUUAUCCAGUGCCUGCGCAGGUACCGUGACACAAAGAGAGCCUUUCCUCACUUAGUAAACGCUGGCAAAUACUCCACAACUUUCUUCACCGUGACAUUUGCAGCUCUUUACAGCACUCACAAAGAACGAGGUCACUCUGACUAUAAGGUGUUCUUUUACCUAUGGAUCGUCUUUUGUAUCAUCAGUUCCUGCUAUACCCUGAUCUGGGAUCUCAAGAUGGACUGGGGUCUCUUUGAUAAGAAUGCAGGAGAAAACACUUUCCUCCGGGAAGAAAUUGUAUACCCUCAAAAAGCCUACUACUACUGUGCCAUCAUAGAAGAUGUGAUACUGCGCUUUGCUUGGACUAUCCAAAUCUCUAUUACUGUCACAGCUCUGCAGCCUCAUGUUGGGGACAUCAUUGCUACUGUCUUUGCCCCCCUUGAGGUUUUCCGGCGAUUUGUGUGGAACUUCUUCCGCCUGGAGAAUGAGCAUCUAAAUAACUGUGGUGAAUUCCGUGCUGUACGGGACAUCUCUGUGGCCCCCCUGAACGCGGAUGACCAGACACUCCUUGAGCAAAUGAUGGACCAGGAUGAUGGAGUGCGAAAUCGCCAGAAGAACCGGUCAUGGAAGUACAACCAGAGCAUAUCCCUGCGCCGGCCUCGCCUUGCUUCCCAAUCCAAGACUCGCGACACUAAGGUAUUGAUAGAAGACACAGAUGAUGAAGCUAACACUUGAAUUCUCUGAAAUCUACAUUAACACCCUUGGUCUCCUACUCUACAAUCCUUUCCUCGACCAACGCAACCUCCAGCACCUUUUUCCAGCUGAGAACAGGAGAAAACAGAACACGCCCCGGGCUCUUCAGAUCGGGUCCCAUGGACUCCGAGCAAGCUCACUGUGUUUCUUUCUUUUCUUCUGGUUUAAUCUUCAUUUUCUAUUUUUAAAACAAUACUUCAUUUUGCCAAUCAGAGGAUGUUUUAAGGAACAAAAACCUAAUAAAUAUCUCAUGGAUUGUUUACAAUCACAAAGACAUAGAAGCCCAUCAGGAUGAAGAACAGGCAUUGGAAGGAGCCUCUGAUUAGCGGCAUGGAGAUAACUCGGCUUCUGCCUGGCCCGGUUUUGACUGUCUAAAACCGGAUGCUGGUUUUUAAAUUUUCUGUCAGUUUCUAUGGAGAGCUUUCCCUUCCUUCCGAGCCAGCACAGAGGCACUGGCAGCACUUGCAGGAAAAGUGCAGCUUGGAGCAGCACCCUCCUCCAGAAGCUACUUUGUAAUUUGGUGUGACUUUUCUCACUUGGGAAGGAUUUCGGGUGGGUGGGGAGUAUGAUGUAUCGUUACGUACAGUUUUCUCAUUAUUUAUGAAACUUACCCAUAAAUGUAUGCUACUGCUCCUGUGAAGGGAGGCAGGAGGAACUGAGGCUAGCUGGCAUUGCUGAGGGUCAAGCCCACAUACCUCUUUCAGGAAACAACUUGUACCAGUUUGAUUUUUCCUCUUAUUUUAACUUUAAGCCAAAGUUAUAUUGCUAAAUUCUAAGUUGCUGCUCUAGAGUCCUGAGCUCACUGUCAUGACCAGGCAUCCCACUUCCCUCCCACCGGUGGACAUUGAGAGACAAGGUUCCGACAGGUGUAUCUUUAGGAGCAAGAGCAGGUGCAGGAUACAUUCACCCACAUACCAGUCACAACAAUGAAGUUCUGCUGCGGGCUCUCUCUGUAGGACUGGAAUCUUUACUGACUGAAUGGAAAGACAGGCCUAUUCAGACUCCUCACACCUUUAUUAGAUAGUUCACCUUCUGCUCCCAUCUACUUUAGCCAGAAUUUGAUCAAAUUAAAAGUCUUUUGUGCAGACUGCAUUUUUGAGCAUAUAUAACAAAUCCUCCUUCAUACUGCAUUGACACAAAAGAGCUUGGCAGCCAUUUUUAAGCCCAGCAGUAUUAUAAGGUGAAUGUUAGAUUUUAUGACCUCCGUGAUAGAAACCCAUUUUUAAAUUUGAGGCCUCUAAACGUGGCCAUACUUUUAAAACUAUAUUUCUUAGAAGAUUCAGGGUAUAAAUAUCUAUUUUUACUUCCUUUUUUCAUCCCCUUUCUUCCUAAAGUCUCUAGAGAAGCCUAAAAACAUACAGCAUUUGACUUUCUUGAAAAUGGUUGGUAUCAAAUUUAGUAUUCUUCAGGACUGGCAGUAUAGUUCAUUGGUAGUAGGGAUUGCCCAGCAUUCUUGAGACCCUGUGUUUUCUUUUCAGCACCAGUGGGGGAGGAGGAAAAGUCAUUAUUUAAUAAAAUGAAAGUAAAUACCAGGAAAAAGUGAAGUCUGCAUUAAUGCCCCCACUCCUCAGAGCUAGAUGAAGUCCCAUAUAGGAGAUUAGUGAGGGGCCAUUCACUUGUGCCCUUUUCAAAUUAACUUUAGACAAAGAAAGAAGUGAAUAGGAAGACAAUAAUUAACACUUGCUCUGUUUCAAAACAAAACAAAACAAAAAAAAACACCAACUUGGCUGCUGCCCUUAACCCUCGUGUUCCUUCUGACAUGAGUCCCUCCUGUGUAUCGUAACCUUUACUCAUUAAAGUUACUGCAUUGCUAAAUUCCUAUUGAUUAACUCAUCAACUUCCUUUUAGAAACUUUCUUCCAUUUUUUUUCUGACAAGUUUCCAAUUUUUUCUUUCUUUUCCGAAUUGAGAUUUUUUUUAACAGCCGCCACGCCUCCGAAAGCUCACAGUGUCAUACAUUCUGUUGCUUUCUGUGUUUUGCCAAGCAUGUCCCUUGCUCCAAAACUAAAGAGCAAACAUUUAUUUAAAAUAAAAACAAAACUUUAAAUAAAUCGUAUACUUUGUAAUAAUCAGUGAUAAUGAUUUAGAGACCCUUGAUAGAUUAAAAGUUGCAUUAUUUCUAUUUAGAAAUCUUUUUCCUGACCAUUCUGGGGUUUUAUACUUUUAAAGCUGGGGGUAAUUGUCACUGGUAUCUGAGGUAACAGCAGCAAUGAUUACGAAUAUAUAGAAAACUUCAGUGACCAGUCCUUUCUUGUACAAAUAAAAUCAGUGGUACUGUGUAUCCAGAGCCAUGCACAUUGUCAGCUUCUUUCUCUGGUAGUGAGUCUGUGGUGACAUAAACACAGUGACUCCUGCUGUUCCUACCCUUGAUGUUUUUACAUCAAUUAACAUAUGGCCAGUUUGCUCGGUAGGAUUCCACACCCUAAUCAGUAUUGUUUCUUUCAUAAAGAAUGCAGUGAUAGAAUGUAUUCCUUUUCUGAUGUUUGUCCUGUUGACUGCUCACAAGAAGGCUUACAUGCUAUCUAGCUUACCAUGGCAGAUGCCCCACUAUGUAUUUAAAUGUUCCAGCUCCGUCUCCUAGCUCUAAAGAGAUUACUUCAUCAAAAGAAUUUGGGAAACAACACAUGCAUUACUAUUUCCCUUUGACAAAGGCAAUGUGCAUUUUUCUCUCCUUGGUUUCAUCCGCCCUAGGCCCUGUGAACAACGUCCUGCUCAUGUUCUCUUGGAUACUCCUGGACCCUGCAACUCUCAGUGGAACAUACCACUGUCACGUUGCAGACUAGCCAGAAGUAGCACUUCAUCUGAUCAUAGCCUUCAUUUUAGUUUUAUUUUAAAAGGACUCCAUUUUUAAUAACAUUUAAAAUACUCUCAAAAGGAAUGAAAAAGAUAAAAAUCCAUGUUUCAUUUUAUACUAAUGUAGAAAGCAAUGUAGCGCAAAGAGAUUUUAGCGGUUUGUUGUUAGCCAGGGAAUACCUGUGCCUGAGGCUGUCAUACCGUGCCAGUGAGUCAUUGAGGGCGUCCUCUCGGACAGAGGCAAUGGCGUGGUCAGAGAGAGAUUGAGGUCAUCCCAGAGUUUGGUGUUUGUCUCCUGGCCUCCAUUACUAGACUCCUCAGACAAACUGCUUAUUUUUAGAUUGACCCCACCUCCUAGGAGCCAUGACUCACCAACAUUCUAAGUGAGGUCCUGCUGUUUUAGCGGAGUCUUGCUACAAGUUUCUGACCGGGUAAAAGUAAAGCCAAGUAAGAGCAGAACUGAGGCACUUGGAAGCACGUUAGCAGUGAGUUGGAGAGUAAUAGAAGAAUCUUACAGAUGGCAGAGCUUGGGCCUUGGCAGCAGGAACGGGGUACUAGGUAAAUCACAUGACUCGGGGCUGUGUCUUUCUGUUCCUCUGUCCCUCCAUUUCCUGUCACUUUGCAUCAUUUAAAAUAGUUCUUCCCCAAUUCAAUUUUCCAUGCAGUAACUACAGAGAUUUCUUAUUCUGAGGAAAAGAAUUUAGAAAUAAGACUUAUUUGUGACACCGCUUUUAUUAAAACCCUGGGAUUCUCUGAAGUGAUUACACUGUUUCAUAAGUAUAAUUUUAGGUUGUCAUUCUUUUACUAGUUUAAUAAAAAAUUGCCUCCCUCUCAAUAGGAACUUUUUACAGUAAACAAUAUUCUUGGGUGGGUGUCUAAAAUUAAGAUAACUUCUUGGACUAAAAGUUGAUCGUGUCCAAUCUUGAUCUCCCUCAACUACAUAAUCCAUACCUUUCUCCAUUCUAAUAAGCCAAUGACAUAACUGGCCAGGUGAAAAUAGAAAUUCAGGUUAAAUUUUGAAAACAUCACUCUUGUUUUCUACUUGGUCUAAUUGUUUUUUUUUUCCUGGUCAUUCACUUAAACACGAGUUGCUGCAUUUCACUUAUCAGUCAUGAUACUGGAUCUUAUAGCUCCCAACCUGCUGAUUUCAAGUUUAUACAAUGUCAGAUAGAGUUGAUUGUAUUGUAGCAUCAGUUUGUGGUACUGAGUGUUACAAAUCAGCCCUCUAGCCAGCAUCAACCACUCUACUCAAUAAAUAUUAAAAAAAAAAAAGAACAAAAGCAUUUCAUUAGACAUGAAAGAGCUGAAGUUAGACAGUGCGAAUUUACCUGAUGGAGAAGAGGAGCUGAUGGGUGUGGUCCCUGAUGCCUUUCUUACAUGAACUUUCAGAAUUGAUACUGAGUUGCCCCCUAGAAACAAUCUUCAGAAUAUAUUUUCUGGAUGAGGAAAUGAGGGGGACAAGAUGAGUUUUCCCUGAAGUGGGGAAAAUCAUACCAAUUACGACUGAAUAUGAUUCCUUGUAGCAAGCCUUCCGGUUAUUUUAUUAAACCAAGGCUAGCUUCGGUUUUUUUGUAUGGUGCCAUCCACCUUCAGAGUACAAUCAGAUGAUCUCUUGUUUGCCUUGGAUUCGGUCUCAUCUUGUAUACCUUUGAAUUUAAUGUCCACCUGACUCCUGUCCCAUCUGAACCAGCAUGAGGCAGAGGGCAGCCGGCAGCACUGCAGGAUAGAUAUGGGCUUGUGAGAAAGGACAGGGUCCCCGCCUCACUGUCUGUCCAGUGCUAUCUCUAAAGUCCUUGCCUGCACUUCUCCUGCUGUCCUUAGCACCAGUGUGCUGAGGACAGGGAAAAGGACUGUUUGUGACCUUGUUACUAUGUUGAACUGUUAAGGUAAAAUUGUAAACCACUCCUAUUUCAAUUGCAAAAAGAGCAAAACCCUCAAGCUAUAUUACCUAUAUUGUGAAAAGAUGCAUUUUUGUGGGGUUUCUGGGUUAGCACAGAAGCUUGUAUCAAUGAAGAGUACGUAGGAGGGAAAUGGGAAUACUUGUUUUGUUUUCAAACCCUCUCCCUCUAUUGUGUCUCCCUCACUCAGACACGCACACCACCGUGUUGCUCAAGUGAUUCUGUCCUGUGACUCCCUGAGCUAUUGUUGUCAAGAGUAACUAUGGAUUGUGAUUAGUCCUCUGUGGGUGACUCUUGCCCCAUUUGCCCAACCCUUGCUUUCUUUCCUACUCUCUACUCUGGUGAAUGGAAAAGGUGACAUCAAAGAAUCAAUGCUUGCUUGGACUCACGUAUCUGUGACUGCUAUUAGCUGUCUCCUUUUUCCUCCUUCUGUGGGUAGAAUUCUUAAGACAUGUGGAGUUCCCUUCUGGAUAAGUAGGUUAAAUGCACAAUGUGGUACUGUUCUAUAGUUUCUAGAUGGUGUAAAAAGCAAAAAGUUAAUGUGCUUAUGUGUUUUUAAAAGAAAAUAAGUGAUUGGUUACAAAACUCUGGCCUUUUUCAUUAUUACAAGCUCUGUUUUCCAACAGUU